CACCGCCCCCUUUGGCUGGGGUCUCGCCGUCUCUACCUCCCUGUUCUCAUUCGGCGCCCGACGGCCGCAGCGGGAACAGCGGAGCCUACGGGAUGGCGGCGGGCGAGGGCGGGGCCGAUUCGCUGCCCCCGCCCUCACCCUCCUUGCCCGGGCCCCUCCCGGGUCCCGAGCGCGCCUUGGAAGAAGCGGUCGCCUCGGGCAGCCUGAGCCUGGCGGGACGGCGGCUGAGGCACUUCCCCGGAGGAGCGGCUCGGCGCUGGGACCUCAGCGACACCACGCAAGCGGAUCUGUCGCGGAACCGCUUUGCCGAAGUGCCCGAGGACGCCUGCCACUUGAUGUCCCUGGAGGGGCUGAGCUUGUACCACAACUGCCUGCGCAGCCUCCCUCCCGCCAUCGCCAACCUCCAGGCCCUCACCUACUUGAACGUCAGCCGGAACCAGAUCUCGGCCCUGCCCGCCUGCCUCUGCCAGCUGCCCCUCAAGGUCCUCAUCGCCAGCAACAACAAGCUGGCCGCCCUGCCGGAGGACAUUGGCUCCCUCAGCAGCCUUCGCCAACUGGAUGUGAGCAGCAAUGAGUUACGGUCCCUCCCGGGGACCAUGGGAGGCCUGGAGUCUCUUCGGGAUCUCAACAUUCGCCGGAACCAGAUCACCGUCCUGCCCGAAGAGUUGGCCGAGCUUCCGCUGGUGCGGCUGGACUUUUCCUGCAACCUGGUCACCCGCCUCCCGGUCUGCUUCCGUCUCCUGCGCCGCCUGCAGUACAUCCUUCUGGAGAACAACCCUUUGCAGUUCCCACCUGCUCAGGUCUGCCUGAAAGGCAAGGUCCACAUCUUCAAAUACCUCAACAUGGAGGCCUGCGGCAAAGGCAGGCCGGGCCUGGCAGAGCUCGCCCAGGGACGCCCCACCGGCUUUGGCACAUGCCUCCCGGAGGACUUCUACCCGGCCCGACAGUACGGCGGCCUCGACUCGGGCUUCAACAGCGUGGACAGCGGCAGCAAGCGGUGGUCGGGGAAUGAGUCCACCGACGAGUUCUCUGACCUCUCCUUCCGCAUUGCUGAGUUGGCCCGCGACCCCAAGCAGCUGAGGGAGCAGCGCGGAGGGGCAGGUGAUGCCGGCGAACUGGAGCAAAUCGACUACAUUGACAGCAGCUUGAACGGGGAGGAGGAGGAAGAGGAAGAGGAGGAGGAUCUGCUGGGGGAGGAAGAGGCCAUGGGCCCCCCUCCGGCUGGGAAGGCCAGCAAGGCGUGGACCGGCUCCCCAAGGACGGCGUCCCAGGAGGAGCCCCAGAAACCGGCCAGGAUCCCUUCUCAGAAGGCGGGAGCUGCAGACCCAGGACUGACUGGCAGGAGCAGCAGUGGGGGCCCCCUCGCCAGGCCGGAGGUCUCAGUGGAGGAGCGCCGUCGCCCUGAACUCCUGCUACUGUGGCAGGAAAGGGAGCGCCAGCAGCAGCAGCAGCAGCGGUGGAGCCAGGGGGCAGAGAGGCUGGACAGCGGCAGCAGCAGCAGCCCGGCAGAGAAGGGCAGUGGCCUCUCUCAGCCGAAGCCCCGUGCCCAGGGAGUCAGACAGCCGGCUGGUUCCCCCAGGCACAGUCCAUGCUCUGCAGACCCUCUGCUCUGCCAGAGCCCCAGUCUUGCGCCCCGCGAUGCCAGCUUGGCGCAGAGGCCUUCCAGCUUCCUCUUCCGCUCUUCGUCCCAAAAGAGCAUGCAGCGCAGUUCGGACUCCCCACCUCCUGCGCUCAGCAGCCCCUCGCGGUCCCGUGCUGGAUCCCAGGCCCCAGGCGAGAGCGAGCUUCUCGGCCAGCUGCGCAAGGCAAUUGAGUCCCAUCUGAACCUGACGCUGGCAGAGGACCUGGGCGAGGCCCUGGCUGAUGGGGUCAUCCUUUGCCAGUUGGCAAACCGUCUGUGCCCACGCUCUGUGCCCUUCAUCCACGUGCCCUCGCCUGCUGUGCCAAAGCUGCACCCCUCCAAAGGACGCAAGAACCUGCAGAGCUUCCUGGCCGCCUGCCGCCAUCUUGGGAUUCCCGAGGUGUCUCUCUGUGGGGGCCCAGACAUUGCCCUCCUCCUGCAAGGCAACGUCCGUGGCUUCCUGUGCCUGCUGGAGGCCCUGCUGCUGCACCCAGCGGCAGGCGGGCCCCUCGCCCCCGCCGCCCUCUCCGGCCAGCUCGCCGGCUUUGGUGUCUUCUAUGCCUGCGUCAUGUUGCUGUUGUAUUUUGCCUAUUGCCAGCUGUGUGGCUUCUGCUGCUGCUGCUGAGUGCUCGGACGCUCGUCCAGAUGGCCACCUGACUGAGCAGGACCACCCGGCUCCCAGCAGCCCCUGCCUUUCCCACUCAGGGUGUGUCCCCCAGAGAUUCCGGCCUCAGGCAGAACGUCUAUGGAGGGUCUCGGUCACCCAGGCCAUAGCAAGCUGCCCCUGGCUAAGGAUAUCUGUUCGCCGGCUUCAUCGUUAACCGCCAUCUCAGCUUCGCUUAGCCAGGCCUUUGUCCUUCACACGGCUGAAUGGGUUGGGGCGAUGAAGAACCCCAGGCAACCACCGUGCCCUUCUCCAGCCGGGGUCUCCUGACCCCUCUGAGGCUGCCGGUCCUCCCAUUUCAGACCCACGCCAGUGCCUUCUCCCCAGAACCUGCCGCUGUGGCCUUCACUCCCCCGUGCCCCUUCACCCCCCCUUCCCAAGUGCCUCCUGGGGCAGGAUGGCCGUGCUGUGCCCCACCUGGCAACACAAAGGCCUCCGCCUGCUUUUGCCCCACAGGAAUUGAGCCGCCUCAAGCACAACAACCCUGGAUUUUAAGAGCAGCCCCCCUUUCCCAGUCCCAGCACGGGCUCUGCGGCCUUGUGGCUGAGAACUGGUGCCUUUCCUGCCUAUUUUGCACUCAGAAACAGGGCUUUUGCUCAGUUCUUGGCAGGCGGGCUGUGCCCUUCCAAGGGCCGCAGGGCAGGUGGCCGUUGCGAGACCCAGGCACUUCUGUGCCACAACAGCUGCCCGAUCCUGGGGUAGACCAGGAGCCUCCCUUCCCAGGCCACCUGUAGUGGAGUCCCCCGUCUGGGACCUUCUCUGUGUGAAGGCGGGGGGGGGGGGGAGCCUCCCUGUGCUCUCCUCCUCACCCCUUAACCUGGCUUGGCACCACCAGCUCCUUUGUGGUUGGCUGGCCGGCCCAGUUCAGUGGAAAUGCCUUAAUGGGAGGAGGCGGUUCCCCUUUCUGGCCCAGCCCCUCCCCCUCAGCCACGGUCCCCAUCUUCUGCCUUAAAUGUAUGUUAAAUUAUAUAUAUAUAUAUAUUAUACGCGCAGCCACACAAACGUUAUACAUAUAUAUAUUUGAAGAUUCAAGAACUGUGGGAGAUUGUGAAGAUUUGUGUUUUUACCACUUGUACCAUAUUGUAAAUAUUUUAUUUAUGGUCUUCCUCCACGCGGGAAGGAAGGAUGGACUUGCAAGGGCUGCAGCUCCCCCCCCCAACUACCCCCCCCCGUUCCUGUAUGUGUUGAAAAACGGCCAAAACACGGUUUUUUCCAAGCA